CAUCUCUCUCACUUGCUCACUAUCGACUACAGUUGUUGUUCUUGUUUUUUUUUUUUGUUUAACGUGGGUGAAGAGGAGUGGAGAAUCGGCCAAAUAAUACGUCAUUAUGUUCUCGUUAUAUCACUAUGACAUCUGGCCCCGUCGUGACCUCCACUUGUACGCGGGGGGUGAAGUUGUGCUGCUGGUGCAACAAUGCAAGCUGUGGAUGUGCUGGCUGGGUGCAGUGUGCACUCAAUGUGCCUCCGGUUCGGCCCGGAGAGCCAGGAGAGCUGGACCUAUGCUAGCCGGGUGGAGGAGUUUUAAAGGUCUCUGCGGAAAUUAAGGUGUAGAAGAAAAAAAAAAAGAGUCUGUCUACUCCAGCUCUGCAUGGUGAUUUUUAUCCUGGGUCCUGUUGAUCUGCUUUGGCUGAACUGGAGCCAUGGACAUGGCCCUGGUAGACUUUGGGAGCCUAGAUGAGUUGGGCCUCGAGGAUGAGGACACUUCUGCGGAUGAGACCACGGCUCUUAGUGUGGACAUACCCGCAAUAGCGGACAUGCCUGUUAACAACCGUCAAUUUCAAGCCCCACCGUACCACAACAGUCCUGUUCCAUCGUACAUGUGGGAAUCCACAUCGUCAACACCCCUCCGACUUCUACAGACGCUGGAUGUACCUCAUUCCCCAAUGAUAACUCAAAGCAUUGAGCACACAGGUAGUCACUCGAGUAUGAUCUCCAACUGGAAGCUGCUCCUAAGCAGCGAAGCCACGAACGAAAGCGAGACAAUCUUCAGCCAACUCGCUAAGGAGUGUUGCGAGGACCUUUUUGUCGAUAAAAGAGGACUGGACGACGGAGAUCAAAAAGUUAUUAUAAACAUCGCCGGUCUUCGCUUUGAAACUCAGCUCAAAACCUUAGACCAGUUUCCCGAUACGCUGCUAGGAGACCCUCAGAAAAGGAUGGACUAUUUCGAUCCCAUGAGGAAUGAAUAUUUCUUUGAUCGGAACCGACCCAGCUUUGACGGGAUUUUGUAUUACUACCAAUCCGGGGGCAAGGUCAGACGUCCAGCAAAUGUUCCUCUGGACGUGUUUACAGAUGAAAUAAUAUUCUACGAGCUUGGGAACGAAGCUAUGGAGCAAUUUCGGGAUGAAGAAGGAUUCCUUAGAGAUGUUGACAUACCGCUACCAAAUAACGACAUCUCCAGACAAUUUUGGCUGCUAAUGGAGUACCCGGAGAGCUCCAACGCGGCUCGAUGUGUUGCGCUAGUGUCCGUGCUUGUUAUCGUCAUAUCCAUUAUUAUUUUCUGCAUGGAGACGCUGCCGGAAUUUAGAGAUGACACCGAUAUUGUCUUGUCUUCGACCCUUAAGCCCGUCAACCUAUCUGACGUUCACAGUUCUGCGGCUCCUCCUGAUCUCACACUAUUUUCCGAUCCCUUCUUCGUGAUUGAGACCGCCUGUAUCGGCUGGUUCUUCUUUGAGCUAUGUACAAGAUUCCUAGUUUGCCCGAGCAAAAGAGAAUUUUUCCACAAUCUUAUGAAUAUUAUUGAUAUCAUAUCCAUCAUCCCCUAUUUUGUCACCGUGGUGACAGAACUGGUCACGAAUCCCGAAGACAACUCCGGACAAAACAUGUCUUUGGCUAUCCUUCGCAUUAUACGUCUGGUCAGAGUGUUUCGUAUCUUUAAAUUGUCACGCCACUCCAAGGGACUGCAGAUCCUGGGACAGACCCUCAAGGCCAGCAUGAGAGAGCUUGGCCUGCUCAUCUUCUUCCUGUUUAUUGGAGUUAUCCUUUUCUCCAGCGCUAUCUACUUUGCGGAGGUCGACGAGCCCAAUACGCAGUUUGUCAGCAUUCCUGAUGGCUUCUGGUGGGCGGUGGUAACCAUGACGACCGUGGGCUACGGGGACAUGUGUCCCAUUACCCUGGCGGGCAAAAUGGUUGGGACCUUAUGUGCCAUUGCAGGCGUAUUGACCAUUGCUUUACCUGUUCCUGUCAUAGUCUCCAAUUUCAACUACUUCUAUCAUAGAGAAACGGAAGCAGAGGACAAGCUGACCUUGUCGGAUGCUUUCGAGCAAGCCAUCAUGGCGGACAUGGGUGUGAAACAAAAGAGCAGUUCCUCGCUCAAUAAGAUCAAUGGCAUUUGACUUAUUUUCACAUAUAAAGGGUAAAUAAAAAUUGGACAAAAUGCCUUCCUACUCGCACAUGUUCAGAAUAAGCGGAAGUUUCUUUGUAUUCUUUCAAAUUACAUUUAAGUUUUUCCAAAGCUAACUCAAUUCCUGUUUGGAAAAUAUAUUUGAUUUAAUUUAUUCAGUUCUGAUAUUUAAUUCUCUAUUGGCCUUGUACUGCAUGAUAAAGAUUGUUCAUGUUGUUCUUAUUCUGGACCUUCUCGGGUGUUGCAAACGUGGCUCAUAUGGACUAAAUUCUGUAACGGUUGGCCAAAAGUGCUACACCGAGAUUCCAGAUUGAAUAUGAACCCAUGCUAAUGCUAUAAUCCCCCCACACCCUAAAAUAACUACCUACGAGAACUAGCAGUAGAGAGUUCAGACUAGUUUUAAUACCAUGUACACAAACAAAAACCAUUCAAACAAAACAAUAAACUGAUGGAAAUAAUUUGUAGGUGGAGCAUUACUUGAAUUAUCCAUCCAUCCAUCCAUCCAUCCAUCCAUCCAUCCAUCCAUCCAUCAAUCCAUAAAUCCAUCCAUCCAUCCAUCCAUCCAUCCAUCCAUCCAUCCACUGCUUACCACAAAACCUAAACCUUUAAAACUUUGACCCCCCCCCAAAAAAAUAACUUUUUUUAAAAAUGUUAAAUAAUUUACCUUUCAACCCUGGAUUCCAAUGUAUUUAUAAAAUGGAAAACUAACAAGAAAGCCAUUGAUAAUGCCAAUCAAAGAAUACCAACGAUUUGUU